CUUUUUAAAAAAUUUAAAAAAGAAGAAGUUUUGGGUCGGUUGCAGUGCAUGGGAGAAGAGAUCCCAUAAUUCUUAUGGCCCUGCUUCUAGACUAUUCUUUCUCAUGCUUCUCCAUCUCCUUUAGGUAGUUUCCAUGAUCCUCUUCUCCUUCUACCCUCUUCACCUCAUCGGUCUCCUCCAUUCCAUUGGCUCUCCCAUCCCUUCUCUGAGGAUUCCUCCCAAGUUGCUCCAAUAGGUUUUUGUAGAAAUGACCCCCAUUAAGGCAAUGUCUGCAAAGCCUAACACCAGAAGGAUCUGUCUUCUUCUGGCAUCCUAAUUUAUUCUAGAAUUGUGCUAAUUCAAAAACAAACAAACACCCUACAAUAUUUAAAAGCCACUUCCCAGCAUUGUUUUGUUUUCUUAGGGAAUCUUUGAACUUUUUUUUCUCCGUUUUUAAUAACUUGCUGCAUUGGCAGGUGCUGUUCAAGUCAGUGGAAGAACCACUUUUUCGAAUUCCUUCUCUCCAGAGGUAUUUCUACUCCCAGUCGAUGUUGAAAAGGAAAACGCCCACUUCUAUGUUGCAGAUAUGAUUAUAGCAGCAAUGGAGAAAAUUAAGUGCACCAUCCUGAGUCAACAGCACACAGAGCACUGGGGUGUGGAAGAAGCCAGUGGGGCGCUCGGGAAUGACCACGCUGACUCUGAAGUCACCUUUUACACCAAUGUAAAGCAAGAAUCUGGGUCUUCCAAUUCUUCUGACAGUGGCUAUGAAGGUUGUGCGGUGCUACAGGGCAGCCCCGUGGCUGGGACACCCACUUACUGUGAUGUGCUGAAAGAAGCCUGUAAAUGUGACUUCGAUGACUUUGUUAUCAUAGAACUUGGUGAGUUUAGCAGCAUCACAGAAACCUGUGGAUGUUCCUGCAGCUCCUCUAAGAGUGUCAUUUAUGAGCCAGACUUCAGUUCUGCUGAGCUAAUAGCCAAAGAGUUGUACCGAGUAUUCCAGAAGCGCUGGAUGUUGUCAGAUGUUAAUCAUCAACUGGCAGAUUCUCUAAAUGCUGCUGGCUCGAUAGUAGUGAAUGAAGAGCGGGUCCAAAAAGACUUUGAAUCCAGUGUGGAUGUCGUUCAGGAAAUUACCCUUAAGUCGAAGAUCAGAGGGGCUGAAGACUGGGAGCCCCCCAGAUUUCAAAUCAUAUUUAAUGUUCAUCCACCACUCAAGAGGGAAUUCGUGGUAGCAGCCCAGAAUUUUUUGUGUGCUGGUUGUGGAACUCCAAUAGAACCUAAAUGACAUCCCUAUGGCUGGUUCCCUUACUUCCUGCACAUCUUCACUCAGAAUUUACAAGGUUUUCCCUGGCUGCCCUAUUGAAAAUGUCCACCUUGCCACACUCCUGGCCACAAACAUACACGUGUACACUUUACCCUUCCUUAUUUUUCAUUCUAGUACUUAUCUUCCUAAAAUACUCUUUUAGAUUCUACUAAUUUUUCUUAUCAUUGGUCUGUGUCCCU